CGCAAAACCUCGCGCAGUAUUACGAGACGGUGUCAGCUGAGCUCUAAUAAUGGUAAACAACGUUGGAAGAAAUGACUUGGCUGACAUUUUCCAAGCUUAGACAGUCAUGACAAACUUGUGACAUUACCUGGUACAUAAAGAAAUUUAAGAUACAACAAUCAGGCUACACAACUACCAGUUUGUUAGUAAUCCAUCUGUGAAGCAGUUGCUUGUCUGACAGCACCAUGGCCAAGUUCAAGGCUCAGAUGUUAUGGGACAACAUUGAGAAGGGGGACCUGUCUGCCGUGCACGGGCUGCUGGAGAGUGGGAACAUCAAUCUGGAGGAGAGAGAUGAGAACGGUCAGACGUACCUGAUGCUGGCUAGUGAGAAGGGGGAACUACACAUUGUGCGAGAACUCUUAGAUGCAGGAGUGGACCCCAAUGCUGUUGAUAAUGACAACUGGAGCGCGUUGCUGUGUGCGGCCAAGGAGGGCCACCUGGAGAUCGUCAUAGUCCUCCUUGAGAAGAAGGCUUCCAUAGAACACCGUGACAUGUGUGGGUGGACGGCCUUGAUGUGGGCCAGCUACAAGGGACACUCCAUGGUCGUGCAGGAACUCCUUGACAGGGGGUCUAAUGCUAAUGUGAAGGCAGAGCACAACAUGACAUGUCUGGCCUGGGCUAGUGGUAGAGGUCAUACAGAGGUCGUCAAGAAACUGUUGGAGUGUGGAGCCAAGGUCAAUGCCACAGACAAGUAUGGAACAACACCUCUCAUCUGGGCUUCAAGGAAGGGAUAUCUCGAGAUAACUGAAUGUCUGCUGGCAGAUGGCGCCAACGUUGAUUCAUCAGGAAUGAACUCAUGGACGCCACUGCUUGUAGCUACCCAAGGCGGUUUCCUGGACGUCGUGCGUGCCAUUCUGGAACACGACCCCAAUGUAAAUGCUGUGGACAAGGAUGCUCUGACAGCUCUGGCUAUCGGUGCCAAGGAGGGGUUUGUGGAUAUCGUACAUGACCUCAUGACCAAGGGAGCCUAUGUGAAUGUGGCAGAUAGGGCUGGAGACACGGUGCUCAUCCAUGCAGUCAAGGGGGGACACACGGAGGUGGUGCGCAUCCUGCUGCAGAAGUAUGCUGACGUUGAUGUCGAGGGAUCAGAGGAGAAGACAGCACUGUACUGGGCAGUGGAGAAGGGUCACACUGACAUUGUCAAUCAGCUCCUGGAGAGUCAGCCUGACCUGGAGAUCAGCACAAAGGAUGGAGAUACCCCACUGCUGAGAGCUGUCCGCAGCCGAAAUGAAGAGAUCGUUAAGCUACUUCUGAAUAAGGGGUCCAAGGUGUCGGCCACUGACAAGAGAGGUGACACAGCUCUGCACAUUGCCAUCCGUGCAAGAAGCAAGCGUAUCACCGAGCUACUUCUGCGGAAUCCCCGUAAUGGCCGCCUCCUGUACCGGGCCAACAAGUCCGGGGAGACACCUUACAACAUGGACACCUACCACCAGCGAGGCAUCCUUACCCAGAUCUUGGGACAGAGAAAUCUGAAUGCAACUGAUGCUGAAAACCUGUUGGGUUACGAGAUCUACAGCAGCGCUCUGGCCGACAUUCUUAGUGAACCAGGUCUCGUCACCCCCAUCACAGUCGGCCUCUACGCCAAGUGGGGCAGCGGCAAGUCAUUCCUUCUCGGCAAACUAAAAGGUGAGAUGAAGUCAUUCACGAUGCAGAAUGUCCAGGGGCCCUUCACAUUCAGCUGGGUUUUAUUCAUCACUCUAUUCCUGAUCAACGCCAUCAUUGGAGAAGUGUUGGGUCUUGCAGUAAGGUACGAGGUUGGCCUUGGUGUGGGGCUUGGUCUCUUCCCACUGGAGUAUGGAUUUCUGGGUAUCCUGAACGUCUGUGCUCAGAGGUAUGACAUGAACCUUGCUGUGAGCCUGAGUCAGGUCCUGGGAGAGAAACAGCACCUCAUCACACUGUUGAUUAAGAUGCUGUUCUGUAACCAAAAGAGACGCUCUUCCUCGGACAAGCUGGCUGCCUCUAUCUUCUCUGUCAGGUUUCUGUUUUCUGAAUGUACGCGGCUGACAAGUGUGGGAGGAGAGAAGUCCCUGGCAGCCAUGAUCGCCACGCUGUGUGAGGCCGUGGAGAAUGAGUAUGGAAUCUUGGUAGCCCGUCUUUUCCGUGUCUUCAAACCUCGAACUGAUCACUCUAAGGGCAGGUUCAAGUCCAUGUGUUGUAUCCCAAACUUCAUCUUCGUCAUCAUCUUCCUGCUGGUGGUGGCCGUUGGUAUUGCGAUGAUUGUUGUCUACAAGAUCUCCAACAACACAGCUGUUAAUGCUGUUCUCAUUGCGAUUGUGUCUAUCAUCGGGCUCACCCUCAUCAGCAACAUCUACACCAUUGCUCAGGCUACGAUGGCCCUCCUGGUGUCCCAAAAGAAGCGGGUCCUCAGAGCAGCUGAUAACCUUGACGUGCUGAAGAUGGAUGGGUUCAUGCAGCAACUGAAGCUGGAGGUGGACAUGAUGUCUCGCAUGGUCAACUGCAUGGACAUCUUCACCCAGAAGCAGACGCGGCUGGUGGUCAUCGUGGACGGGCUGGACAGCUGUGAGCAGGACAAGGUCCUCCAGGUCCUGGACAUAGUCAAAGCUCUGUUCUCUGACGACAACGCUCCUUUCAUCACCAUCCUUGCUGUGGACCCACACAUAAUCAUCAAGGGCAUUGAGCAGAACCUGAGGUCCACGUUCCUCGACUCCAAUGUCAAUGGGUUUGAUUACCUGCGGAACGUCGUUCACCUGCCCUUUUACCUGCAGAGUCAGGGUGUGAGAGUUCAGAGACAGGAGUCGGUCGGGCCAAGCAACUCUUCUCAAGAGAAUCAAGCAGAGUCUCCAGGCAAACCUUACAAGCACCAGGAGUCCAUCUUGUCUACAUCAAGUGAGUCCUCCAAGUAUUCCAGGAAGAGAAGCAAGUCGGCCAAGUUCGGGAGUCUGACCGGGUCCCAGGGAGGGGUCAACACGUCGUCCUUCGACCUGUCCUCCCAGGUGGUGAAGAACGACUACUUCAGUGACAUCAACCCGCGGAGCAUGCGGAGACUGAUGAACAUCGUUGCUGUCACAGCACGUCUCCUGCGGGCGUACAACAUCGACUUCAACUGGCAUCGCCUGAUGGCGUGGAUCAACAUCAUCGAGCAGUGGCCAUACCGUGUCUCCUGGAUCAUCUACUACUUCGAGGAGAGCGACUGUCUCGACCGAUCCCAGUCCCUGCACUCCAUCUACCAAAAAAUUGCUCCGAGAGUUCCUGCUUCCAAGGAUGUUGACCCUCUUGUAGAGAUAGACAGAAAUGUUCGCAAGAUGGAGGCGUUUUUGGCCAGCAAGUCUGGAAACACCCCCCUUCUCAAUGUCGGUGACCUGAGGAAGUUUCUCCCCUGUACAAUCAACCUUGACCCUUACCUUCGAAAACUCAUCAGAGAGAUGCAACACAAUGCCGACAUGCAGAGGACAGAGUUUGGCCUGGGCCCUGUGUAUCCUACUGGGCCGUCGGCUCCCUUGCUGGGAAUGCGAGACAGUGACGCCACUUUGCCCACCAGAGGGAGCUUUGUAGGCCUACAGCAGAGAGUUCCGUCUGCUGCAUCCUUUACUGGUAUGAUGCCUGGUCACAUGAUGCAGUAUGGACCAAUGGGGAUGCAGGGUAUGAUGCCGAUGCAGUACAUGGCCCAUCCCAGUCAGAUGAGUCAGGGCAUGAUGGCCCCUCCACCAGUGCAGGGUCAGAGGACACAGCCACAGGUCUUCUUUCACGACCUUCCAAAAGAUGUUUGUUUGAGUCAGCUCAGUGUGGAUUCUGUGUGUAACCUGCUCCAUAAGCUGGAGGGGGUCAAUCAGCAGAUGCUUCCGAUAUACAUUGACAGUAUCCGUGACAACAAUAUCAGUGGCCUUGUCCUCGCCAACUGUGAUAUGGACGAGUUGGGCAAAGUCAUGAGGAUGAAGUUUGGAGAUUGGCAGCUUUUCAAAGUGGCCAUCUUAUCUUUGAUAGAUUCAGAAGCAACUUUAGCCUCUAGCAACACCAGCAACGAUGUCCGUGGAACGGACAGUAGCUCUUUCAUCAACAAGCACACAAGCCGGAUAGAGUCAGCACCAAGUCUCGAGGAACCCAGUAAAAAGUUUGCAGCCUCUAGUAGAAGCAGAGAUAGCUGCACGUCACUGCCAGAUCGUAAUGCUCCGACAGACGCGGAAAGUAUGCGUAGGGGGCGCUUCAAGCGUACUGACAGUAUUGUACAGCAGCUGAGCUAUGAGACUGCCAUCUUGAGAGAAGCUUUGGAGGAGUUUACAGAGGAGACGUCAGAUGCUGAUGAGAUGGACCAGAGAAAUGACGAAGAUGAUGGACCGAUUGUGUACAACAGAUCCAUGUCUGAGGAGUCUGCUGGUUACAGUAUUGACAACUCCAGAAGAGACACAUCUCAGACUUUCACUGCAACAAUAGAGACUCCGUCGUCUGCCGAUAAAUCUGUAGAAGGAGCCAUGGGUAGUGAGAAGCUGUAUCCGGUGAUUGACGAUACAGACGAUGGUCACAAAUCUCGCCACGAACACGGACACACGAAUACACUGUCUUCCAGCUUAGAGAAGCUUGCGAAACCAUUCAUUCAAGUCCUGGAGCAUCCUAUGGGCUACAGUCCUGCAUCUGACAAGACCCCUCUCCUCGCCAUACCUUCAGAUAAUGUCAUUGAAGGUGCAACAGCGUGGUCUGCAUCAGUUGAAGGGGGUCCUCCAGACGAGAGCAAUUUCUUACAAGGUCACGGCUCAAAGCACAAAUCAAAGUCGACUGAUUCUGAUUAUGAAGAAUCUACCUUGUCAGAGCCCCAUGUUGCCACUUUCUGCAUUGAAUCAGAAGAUUCCUCGGACAACACCAUGGGCAGCCCGACAGCAGCAUCACGCAGCCUCGAACCCAGGAAACAGUCGUUCGAGGACAGUGUUAUUCAGUAUUUUCGCACCUCCCCACCAGCAUCAGAACAAGUGAGGAUGAAAAAGAGCAUAGAGUCUCUCCCAUCGGAAGUAGCCGUGGAGAUGUCUCCUGGAGCUCGCAUGGUUACAAGUGUCUCUCAUCCGGACAGAAUAAAGCCAGACGAGGACAAGGAAUCCUUUGUGUGAGGACAAGGAAUCCUUUGUGUGAAAACAAAGAAUCCUUUUCGUGAGAACAAAGAAUCCUUUGUGUGAAAACAAAGAAUCCUUUGUGUGAAAACAAAGAAUCCUUUUCGUGAGAACAAAGAAUCCUUUGUGUGAGAACAAAGAAUCCUUUGUGUGAGAACAAAGAAUCCUUUGCGUGAAAACAAAGAAUCCUUUGUGUGAGAACAAAGUUGUAGGAAAAUUCCUGUAGCAACUUCCAAUAUCAUGAUUAUCUCGUGAAGAGAACAUGACUUGUGUAUCUUUAAUGGGUUCAGGGCCUUGAUGGUUCUGUAAGAUCUGCAUUGUCAUCAUGACUGAUUACACCGUGUAUUCUAUUGAACAUUUAAUCAGAUGUUUACUUCUAUCCAAGAUCUAUUUACAUUAGUGCUUACUUUUUCUUUAGUUCAAGUCCCAAUGUGUUUUUGCAUCGUACUGGAUUAUUUAGCUUUGUGUUUGUCGUCUCCUGCUGGUCCUAAAUUUCUGUCCUGUCCAAAAAUGUGAAAAGGUUUAAUACAGUGAUUGCUCUAUAUACCGCUGCCAUCGGGGUUCAAGAUGCCAACCCUGUGUUCUAGGAAAGAGCGUUAUACAGAUAUUCAUUGCUGAUGAUCAACACAUUACGUAAUGAUGGUAGUGAAUAUAACGUUAUAUUUACAGCGGUAUGUGACAUGACUGUAGAUCUAUGUAACCAUGAUCGUAGAGGAUGAUUCAAAACGCACGCGUAAACAUUUAAUCGGUAAAUUAUCAUGUCUAGUGAUGUUUUAACUCAAAUUUCAAAUUUGUAUUGACCAAGCUCAUUAAUUUGUUAUCACCUGUUCGCUGAUACCUGAAUUCGCUGAAGGGAUGCAAGUGGGAAUUAAAUCUCAUCAAUUUAUUUGUCACUUUAUUUGCAUUAACACGCUCUUUAGGGAAAUUCUUCAGGUAUUUUUGGGAGCCAAGGUUUACCUCGUGCUGCAUCCAGGCUAGCGGUACAUCAAGGAGCGUUAUGUCGAGGAAUCACUGUAUCUGACCAUUCACUUGAGUAUAAAUAAAGACUCACUCGAGUGUCUUCCAAGAUGAGGUGAGGUCAAAUGGGGUUUAACGUCGCGUCCAAGAUUAUUGCACUUAUAUAGCGACGUGUAUGUGUGUGUGUGGCUGCUUGUACUAGUCCAGACUGAUGCCGAUUUAUAGUGCUAGCACACUGAUAUACCAUGCCGCAGUUUAACAUGAAUACCCCACUCAGACACAGUAUACUGACUCCGAGCCGACCAGUCCUUGUUUUAGCCCCGUAAUGCCGAGCGCCAGACAGGGUAACAACAAGUACCAUCUUUUAAGGUCUUUUGGUAUGACGCAGCCGGGGAACUUCCAAGAUGAAAUAUAUCAAGAAGAGUUGGAUAAAGUUGCAAAUAUCUGAGGCUUACUUUUAUCAACAAGUCUUCAUUUACUUGAGCUUGGAAGACACGAGGGAGAGAUUCUAUUUUUAUCAUACAAAAUAUUUCUUCCAUUUUUUUCAGUUUGUAUCAGUAAAAAGCAGUGUCUUGAGUGUAAACAGUACAGCUAUCCAGCUUCAGUGGUUGGGGAUAGUGAUGUCAUUUGAUUGUGAUGUCAUGGCAACUUAUAACAUCACAUUUGUCCUCAACCAAUUUUGAUGUAAUUUCACUGUAGAGAUAUCUCUUUGGAGAUAUCGAUUGAUCUCACCAAGGCGAUAUCUCCUGUGGAGACAGUUUUGGACGAUAAUCAUUCUGCUGUAGAAAUUAUGUUUACAAAUUUCUUGUUUCACAGUAUUUAUUGAAAAGAAAUCAAAGAAGGGAAGUUACUCUUCCAAUUGCUUUGUUAUUUCCAUCUUAAGCCCUCUGUUUUUUUCAUCUUUUUUUAAAGCUCUCACCAUAACAGUAACGUCUGCACUUCAAAUAUGGCAUAAUAAGGAUGAAAGUUCACAAAAGACAAAUUAUCAGUCAUAUUCUCAACCAAUAGCAGUUUUGUUUUUAUUUUUGUUUCUUUCUGCCCACUGACCCCCUUCCCACUGAAGCUAAGCAUGUAGAUGAGAAAGCACAAAGUAUUUGGGAUGCACUUACCAGUCAGAAGUGUCCAGUUUAACACUGAAAUGUGUUCAUUUAUUUCUAUUUAUUCAGAAAAGAUGCAGCCUCAACAUGUUUCAGUCCUUUUAACAUUUAAGUGGUUGUUCUAUGACAUAAACUUGCAUAAUGUUUUUGUGUUUCAAAAUUCAAAGAAAUUUUGAUUGUUUGUAAUUUUUUGUCUCUAUCAUGUCUAGUAAUAAUCAUGAUAAUAUAUUGACAUAAAAUAUUUUGCAUCAAGCAUUGUUAUAGGUUUAUACAUGUUGUUCAUGCUUUUCAGAUGAAUUCCAUUUAAUUAGAUUUUUUAUCUUAUACAUACCCAAAAUUGUGUUGUUGAAAGGAUUGUUUUUCUACCCUUUGUUGUCCAUUCUUUCCAUUUGUUGUCCAUUGUGUCAUGUAACAAAAGGGAGCACUGUCUUCACUGUUUGGAAAAUAUCCAAGGAACUUGAUAAAUUUACAUAAAAAACUUAAAUUGAUUCUUAUUUUACCAGACUAACUGUUAUUUGCUGUUGUGUAUUUUCAGAUCUUUUUAAGGCAAGAACAGUUAUAGAUGGGUCUGCCCUUAAUUUUACGAAAAUACAAGUAAUGUGAUUUAAAAAAAAUUAUGUUGCUUUUCAGACUGAAAAUAUGCAUGUCCUUUUGUUCAAUUUAUUCAUUAACUUUUAUUUCAAGGUAUAUUAAGUGCAUUUGAAGGAUGUCAUUUGUGAUUUUUUACUAUUGUACUGCCUGAAUUGUUUUUCCCAGUCUACAAAGGUUCUUCUUUACAAACAUGGAAAUGUUCGAGAUACCAAGUUUACUAAUCAUGCUAAUUGUACAUAAUAAUAAAUUACCUACACCAAA